AUGCCGCUCAAGCGCUUCUCAGCUGUGCUCGUGGCGGCCUAUGCCGCCCUCUUUCUUCCUCUCCCCCUCGCCCCACUCCCCUCAUCGCUUGUGGCGACCUAUGCUGCCCUCUUUGUCACCUUCGCCAUCCCCUUCCUCGCCUUCAUGAGCUCCGCUCGAGUGGACGGUCUGGAUUGCCUGCCGGGUGUGAAGCGGCUGGAUCACGCGGUGUGGUUCACUGUGCAAUCCUCCAUGUCAAUUGGAUUCGGUGGCGAUCUCACACCCCACCCGGACUGCUUCGUUGUCAACUUCUUCGUCGCUGUCCUCUCCGUGGUCACCCUCGGAUUCGCCUACGCCCUCCUUGGUGUUUUCUAUGUCAAGUUCUCUCGCCCCACCCGGCGUGCCGGCACGAUCAAGUUCAGCCAGUACAUGGUCAUGUACGAGGAGCUUGGGCAGCUCCGCCUCUCCUUCCGAGUGGCUGAUUUCAGGAAGCAUCAAAUCAUAUCU